AUGUUUUGGCUGCGAGUCCUGGAACGUGCCAAAUCCGUCCAACAUCUCCUGGUCAACUCUUGCCCCGAUGAGUCAGGUCAACAACACGAACAGAGGAGCUGCCACCGCCGCCCGCAACCUCUGCCCAUUGGGCCGUUGAUGCUCGCCCACCGCACCAGCAACCUCAGCACGUGGGAAGAAGACCGAAGCUGCCUGCAUUGGCUGGAGCAGCACCCUCCCGGCUCCGUCGUGUACGUGUCGUUCGGCAGCUGGGUGGCGCCGCUCUCGCCGGAACGGUGCGGGGUUCCUGGAGGGUCCCCGGGGAAUCUUCCUGGGAAAAUCGUGGCGUGGGCGCCGCAGAGACCGGCCGUGGGGUGCUACCUCACGCACUGCGGGUGGAACUCGACCUUGGAGGCGAUCCAACACGAGAAGAGGCUGCUGUGCUACCCGGUCGCAGGAGACCAGUUCGUGAACGCGGCGUUCAUCGUCAAGGGGUGGGGCAUCGGCGCCAUGCUCGACGGCUCCGCCGGGAGCUCGGCGGUGGAGGAAGGCAUAAAGAGGGUGAUGGCAACCGAGGAGGGCGCCGUGAUGCAAGAGAGGGUGCUGCGGUUGAGGAGGAGAGUUAUGGGGGAAUGUGGAAAGAGUUCCACAGCCAUUGAAAAUCUACAGUGUUUCUUCGAUGGGAUGAACGGAGAUCAGAGGCAGAAGAAAUACCGAAAGGAGGAAGAAAUAGAAACAGCAUUUACUCUGUUCAGACCUUCAUAA